AUGAGGCUCCAGCUGGAGAAGCAGCUUCUCCUCUUCUCCCUGCUCUGCACCCUUUCCAAGGUGUGUGCCCAGCUGUGCCAGCGGCCCUGCUACUGCCCCGGGGUGCCGCCCCGCUGCCCGCGCGGCGCCCCGCUCGUCCUGGACGGCUGCGGCUGCUGCCGGAUCUGCGCGCGGCGCCUGGGCGAGCCCUGCGACCUCCGGGCCGUGUGCGACCGCAGCCAGGGCCUCGUCUGCGACCACGGCACGGGCACCUGCAACUUUGAGGACAACRAGGAGGACUGCGAAGUGAACGGGCACGUCUACCGGGACGGGGAGGUUUUCCAGCCCAGCUGCAAGCUGCAGUGCCGCUGCUGGGACGGCGGCGUCACCUGCGUGCCGCUGUGCCAGGAGGACGUGCGCUUGCCCACGCCRGACUGCCCCUUCCCGCGCCGCGUGGCCGUUCCCGGGAAGUGCUGCCAGGAGUGGGUGUGCGAGACGCGGGAGCUGCCCCAGGCCACAGGUGCCACCCCAGGCUCCAACCGCCCUUUCCUGCCCUCUCCCCGUGCAGCGCCCAGGAUCCCGGGGCUGCCCUACCCCUGCGAGGAGUGGAGCACGGAGUGGAGCGCCUGCUCGGCCACCUGCGGCAUGGGCUUCUCCAGCCGCSUGUCCAACCAGAACCGCCACUGCCGGCUGCAGACGCAGACGCGGCUCUGCGUGGUCAGGCCCUGCCAGGCUCUGCCACCAGCGUCCCCAGCGAGGGGACGAGGCCACGUGUAG